ACGUCUAUUAGCAUCAUUAGCAUCGUUAGCUCAGCAGGAGAGCACUCUUCGGUUUUUUGAUUAAAGAUGUCUGCUUCUCCAGCUGUGACAACUUUAUGUGAGAAUUCAGAUGAAGUGUUCCUGGACGUGGCGAAGCUGCUACUCACGUACUCGGAUAACAUCUUAAGGUUUCCCAAUGAGGAAAAGUACAGAUCCAUCCGCAUAGGAAACCCCACCUUCUCCACCAAGCUGCUGCCCAUCAAAGGAGCUGUGGAGUGCCUCUUUGAGAUGGGAUUUGAGGAGGCUGAGACCCACCUGUUGUUCCCCAGGUCUGCAUCAGUGGAGCAGAUGAGGCUCAUCAGGGACUCCAUAGCAGCAGAGAGGGACAAGAGGCUGGCGGGGGGGCAGCCUGUCCAACCUGCAGCACCCUCAGCCUCCGCCUCACCCACUACUCCCACCUCAGCCUCAACACCAGUGAUCUCUGCUGCUGCCUCUGGCCAGCCCUCUACACCUCCUCCACCACAGCCUUCUUCCGUGGAGAACAGUAUGAACUUCAUUGCGACCCUGCAGUCUAACUUCCAACACGUGCUGCUGUAUGAAAACCUGGAGCUGCAGCAGAAAGCCCGGAGCUGCAUCCCCCACCUGCAGCUGACCUCUGCUGCAGAGAGCCGGCUGAGGGGGGCCAGAGAGGAGGAUCCAGAUUGUAAACUGGGACUAGAAGAUUUCCUGGUGCUGGAGCUGCUCCGAUGGUUCAAACAGGACUUCUUCUCCUGGGUGGACCACCUGCCCUGCAGCUGCUGCAGAGGGACCACGCAGAACGGCAGCCCCCUCCAACCGACCGACGAAGACCUGCACUGGGGGGCCCAGAGAGUGGAGAACCACUACUGUCAGAGCUGCAAACUCUCCACCCGGUUCCCCAGGUACAACAAUCCAGAGAAGCUUCUGGAGACCAGGAGGGGGCGCUGUGGGGAGUGGGCGAACUGCUUCACUCUGUGCUGCAGAGCCAUGGGUCUGGAGGCCAGAUACAUCUGGGACAGCACAGAUCACGUGUGGACCGAGGUGUACUCGGCCUCUCAGCGCCGCUGGCUGCACUGCGACUCCUGUGAGAACGGCUGUGACAAACCACUGCUGUAUGAGGUGGGCUGGGGGAAGAAGCUGGCCUACAUCCUGGCGUUCUCCAAGGACCAGGUGGUGGAUGUGACCUGGAGGUAUUCCUGCAAACAUCCAGAGGUUCUGUCGAGGAGGACAAAGGUCCAGGAGGCCUGGCUGCUGCACAACAUCGACAGGCUCAACACCUCGAGGCAGCAGUCCCUGAGUCCUGAGAGGAAGAAGGAGCUGACAGAGCGGCUGCUGGUGGAGCUGGUGGAGUUUAUCUCCCCAAAGAAACCAAAACCUGGAGAGCUGGGGGGACGCAACUCUGGCUCUCUAGCCUGGAGGGUGGCAAGGGGGGAGACCAGGAAGACUGACGCAGGGACCUCCACAGAGGCUCAGGCUGCAGGAUUUGUGUUCACUCCGACGGAGAAAGAGAAGAGCGACCGGUUGCUUCACGUCCGUUACACUUCCUCCAGAGACGAGUACUGCCGCCUGUCCAACGAAUCUGAGCGGAUCCAGCGCUGGGAUCAGUGUGUGUGGAGCAGGGAGUCUGUCUUCAGGAAGGUGGAGGAGGACUGGCAGAUGGUGUACUUGGCUCGAACAGAAGGCUCGUCUUCAGGGAAACUCAGCUGGAAGUUUGACUUUUCUCCGGUGGGAAUGAAGGUAUCGUCUGUCUCCAUCUCAGCCAGCAGCCAGACCUUCCACUCAGGGAACGUCUGCUGGAUCCUGCAGGCCGGAGAGAGCACUACAUCGUUCCUUGGAGAUGGGACGAUGCAGUCCUUCCCGAGUCUCUCCGGCUGCUCAGAGUUCAUCAUAGAAGCCGGAGUGAGCGGAGGAGAGGAGGAAACAGCAUGGCAGCACUCCCAGAUCUUCAGACAGAACCUGAAGGAGACGGAGGAGCCUUCGUUUGAGAUCCUCGUACGCUUAGAAGAUGCUUAACGUUUGUUUUUGGGUGGGCAGCUAAAUGUGUGGGAUCAUGGGUUUGUACGAUGAGACAACAGUGCAAUAUUUACGUGUGUGUCAGUCCUCCAGGUUGAGUAUAUAGUAUAUGAAUGGACGAAUGACAGCAUUUGGUACCUUUCACAGGGCAAAGUCACACAUUAAACAUUGAUUUAACUAAAAGCAGAAUAACUGAUGAAACACGCAGUCCUGAAACACGACAUAUAAAAGGUUUUAAAUAUAAAACGCCAUCAUUUUGUCACAUUUUCGAUCAAUAUAACACUUGUGUGUGAUGCAUGGAGACGGGAGCCUUCAUUUGAUAUCUUCGUACACUAGAGAUGUUUUACUAAUGUUCAACCUAAUUCAGAGCUAAUUGCUGGGAUGAUAGUUUUGCAAAAUGACAAAUCAAUGAUAUAUUUAAACGUGUCUUGCCCUCCUGGGUGAUUAUAGAUGCACGGCUUAUUGAUAGAUGAAUGACCAGGUGAAUUACAUUUUGCAGAGUAGGCUGAAGUCACAUAUUUUAAACAUUUAAUUGACAAAAUACCCUGCAUUUUACCAUUAAAAAGCCAUAGUUUUGUCACAUUUUCCUUCCCUGUAGAACUCAUCUGUGAUGCAUGGAGACAUUCAUAGAGCCAGUUUUCCUGCUAUUAUACCAACUUAAAUCCACGUUUAAAAUAGUGGUGUAUUUGUGGAGGAAAGGGCUGAAUGUUGCUCAAAUAUAUGAUGGAAUAAUAAAGAUAUUUUUACAGUCUU